UCCAGCCGUAAAAAGAGAGUGAGGGUUAAUUCCAUUGUCGGGCAACGAACUGCUGGACAUUAGGCAAAUAAUCUGAUCAGUCGAACGAAACUAAUGUCCAAAAUGAGUUCAAUGGAUAACAUCAAUGGGCACGGAAUCAGAGAUGCAGAAAAUAUUCAGAUUCCUGUUCCAUGGGGUAUCGUAUGUGGUAAAUGGUGGGGUCCUAAAGAGAUCCAGCCAAUAUUGGCUUUGCACGGUCGUCAAGAUAAUGCAGGCACUUUUGACAAGUUGAUGCCUCUCAUGCCGCCCCAUCUUUCCGUUCUGUGCUUGGAUAUGCCAGGGCAUGGCUUGUCUUCCCACUAUCCAAAGGGCCAGUCGUAUUACGUUCAUUUCGACGGUCUCAUGUUGCUUCGUAGAAUCAUUAAAUAUUUCAAAUGGACCAAGGUGAAGUUGUUGGGACAUUCUCUCGGAGGUGCAAUAUCCUUUCUCUAUGCAGCUUCAUUCCCGGAAGAAGUGGAAUUCCUAAUUAGUUUGGAUAUAGCCAGUCCUUGCGUGAGAAACGUUGAAAAAAUUGCCAGCGCCACUGGUGAAAAUAUUGAUAAAUAUCUCAAGUAUGAAAACCUGCCACUUGAUAGUAUGCCAUGUUACAAACAUGAAGAAAUGAUCGAUAUUGUCUUUGAUGCAUACGAUGGUUCCAUCACCCGAGAAAGUGCAGAGAUUUUAAUGAAGCGAGGUAUGCAGCCAGCACCGACUGGAAAGCAGUUCUACUUCUCUCGAGAUGCUAGGCUCAAGGUUGCAUUACUAGGCAUGAUAUCCAUCGACUUGGCAUUGGCCUAUGCCGCUAAAAUUCGUUGCGCCUACUUAAAUAUCCGUGCGGUUCCUGGAAUGAAAUUUGACAAACCUGAGAAUUACCAUAAGGUUUUGGACGUCAUUAAAGGAGGUGCCAGGAGAUUCGAAUACCACGAAGUAGAAGGAACUCAUCAUGUCCAUCUGAACAAUCCUGAGAGAAUAAUCGGUAUAAUUGUCGACUUCAUAGAAGACUAAUGAAGGAGACGUUUAGGUACUGCAAUAUUUUUCAUAAAUUUAUUGAAAAUAUGUAACCGUGCGCAGAUCACUUAAAAACCCUCGAGUUCUUUUUAUUUUUUGACCGCUGUAAGAGAAGUCAUCUUCUUUGACGGAUGAAUAAUUUGUUAGGUAAUGUUGAACUGAAGAAAGUGUGACAAAUAGCAGUACUCAAUAAUGAAACCUAAACUUUACUCAUACAACAUUAAUUCAAUUCGUUCCAAGGUGAACUUCAUUUAGAUGCUCUGGGUGAUUGUAGUGAAAAAUGUAGAUAUCCUUUUGCCGAGGUGAACAAAAAAACUAUGUAUAAUUGAUCGAAAUUACUUCGAUAGACUUCAGCUGAAAGUAUGUGUAGAACUGAAAUUAUCAACCGUUGACCAUGGGGUUAAACUGUUCCGUAAUUUUACUUGAAUUUUAACAGAUUGCAUCACAGAAAUUAAAUAUUGAACAAACUAAAGACUUGAAAAUCCAACUCAUUGGUGAUAGAAUUCUCUUGAGAAAUACUUCUGUUAAUAUUGGUUGAGUUAAUAGACAUAUUGAAAAUAUUUUUCCACCACAGACGAAAAAAGCUAGUACCAUAUCAUUCGUCAUAAAUGUUAUUGAAUAAAAUGAAGCCUCCAUCGACUGAAAA